GGUAAAAUUGGCACAAAAUAUGAGUAUUCUGAAGGUAUAAUGGGUUAACCAUGGCAUGGGUUAUUCUUUCGUUUCAGGAGGGCCCAAAAUGUGGUUGCUUUUAACAGUGGCAAGUUUGAUAUCUGCACUUGGAACUACACAUGGUUUAUUUGGAAAAUUAAACCCUGAAAGCCCUGAAGUGAAUAUGAAUAUUAGUCAGAUGAUUUCUUAUUGGGGAUAUCCAAAUGAAGAAUACAAUGUUGUGACUGAAGAUGGCUAUAUCCUUGGGAUCUACAGAAUUCCUUAUGGGAAGAAAAAUUCAGGGAAUAAAGGCCAAAGACCCGUUGUGUUUCUGCAGCAUGGUUUGCUCACAUCGGCUACAAACUGGAUUUCAAACCUGCCCAACAACAGCUUGGGCUUCAUUCUGGCAGACGCUGGUUAUGACGUGUGGCUGGGAAAUAGCAGAGGAAAUACCUGGGCCAGGAGAAAUCUGUACUAUUCACCAGACUCAGUUGAAUUCUGGGCUUUCAGCUUUGAUGAAAUGGCUAAAUAUGACCUUCCAGCCACAAUAGACUUCAUCGUAAAAAAAACUGGACAGAAGAAGCUACACUAUGUUGGCCAUUCUCAGGGCACCACCAUUGGUUUUAUUGCCUUCUCUACCAAUCCCACGCUGGCUGAAAAAAUCGAAACCUUUUACGCGUUAGCUCCAGUUGCCACUGUAAAGUAUACAAAAACCCUUUUAAACAAACUUGAGCUUAUUCCUCCAUUCCUCUUCAAGAUCAUAUUUGGUGACAAAAUAUUCUACCCACACAACUUCUUUGAUCAAUUUCUUGCUACUGAGGUGUGCUCCCGUCAGACACUGAAUCUCCUUUGCAGCAACGCCUUAUUUAUCAUUUGUGGAUUUGACCACAAAAACUUGAAUACGAGUCGCUUGGACGUGUAUAUAUCACAUAAUCCAGCAGGAACUUCUGUUCAAAACGUUCUCCACUGGUCACAGGCAGUUAAAUCUGGAAAAUUCCAAGCUUUUAACUGGGGGAGCCCAGUUCUGAACAAGAUGCACUAUAAUCAGCCCACACCUCCCUACUACAAUGUGACAGCCAUGAACGUGCCCAUUGCGGUGUGGAGCGGCGGUAAUGACUGGUUGGCUGACCCUCAGGAUGUUGGCAUGUUGCUUCCCAAACUCCCAAAUCUUAUUUACCACAAGGAGAUAUCUUUUUACAAUCACUUGGAUUUUAUCUGGGCAAUGGAUGCCCCUCAAGAAGUUUACAGUGAAAUUGUUUCUAUGUUGGCAGAAGGCAAAAAGUAGAUUUUUUUAAACCUGGAUUUAAAGAAUUAUCCAUUUAUUUUUCCAAAGUACCCUCUUCUCUCAUAUGUAGUUUUCUGUAGUGUUUAACACUUAGUGCUUCUUUCUGUAAUUUUGACUUUAGAAAUAAACUGGCAUCAAUAAAC